UUCAGUUGUGUAUGCUGAAUUCAGUCGUUGUGAAAUUUUUACAGCCCUGCCUGCUGUCCUUCCAGGUGUCGUUGGUCGCUGCACUGCUGUUGUUUAUUUGGUGCCUUUGACACAUCCAUCGCCAUGGAUCAAGACGAGGACUUGUGCGCCGUCGUGCAAGCACACGCGCUCAAGAAGCCACACAUGCUUGGCACAAACCACACAAACGCGUUCAUUCAACCCGCCCAGCCAACACUGCACAAGCCAUCCAUGCUGAGCCUAUGUCGCGCCGAUAACGUGUAUGAAGCCGCCGUCUUCAAGGGCAACGACACGAUUUACGUGCCCCUCCGCCAUAUGGAGGUGCUGUUCAAUGCCUCCCGUUUCGACGAAGUGACGUUUGAUGAAGGCGAAGCAUUUCUGGGCAACCACGCCGGCGUCUUUGAAAGCAGACAGCGAGCGUUUAAGAUUAACUUUUGGCGGUUCAGCGAAACUUCAAACGAGAUGAAAGUGGUGCGCAGCUUCGCGGUCCUCGAUAUGGUCGUCUUUCACAAGAUCAAGUCCCGGCUUGGCAACAUGUAGCAGCGGCAGUCUCCACCUCCACACCACUGUUCCCGUUCAACCUAAACUCCCACUCCCUCGCUUUCAUAGCAUUUGCAUGAGCAUUAGAAUUGCCGUGCAUACACGCCACACCGCCACCACCACCACCACAUCUCACGCACCUCACGUUUCGUUCGUUCCCUCUGAUUGACACCCGAUUAAAUGAUUGAUUGCCUCA